GACACAUUCGCGUUCGUGGGGUUUGCUCAAACAGGCUUCAAAACGAACGCCGGUUUCAUGUCUACACUCCGUUCCCGCGAACGGUGCUGCACAAGGUGCGAACGGUUGGAGUUGGAGAGUCAAAUGUUUCGGUGGCUGCACUAAAUGCAAAGGCGCAGUGUUGCACUAAAUUCUCUUCCGGUGUUGCACUACAAAUCCUGUGCGGAUGUCUCCCUUGCGUAUCUGGCUAAAGCUUGGGCCUGCUUCAAAGCUCAAGUGCCCCAAGCCCCGGUCCCGCCAUGUCGACGUUCCGCAUCAGCCGCCAUGCCGCUGCUGCCAAGAAGGCAGUGGAACGCAUGGGCAAGUGCAAAGCGUGGCAGGUGUAUCUCUUCACUUUCUGUGAUGUGUUGUCGCACUUGAUGGUGCUUCUUUUAGCAUGGGUGUCGACUGCCUAUGUAAUCAUCCCGUAUUUUGCCCUUCACUAUGCCUUGGCUGCCUUGCGAGCACCCGACCUUUUGGAUCCCUUCAAACGCCCCAUCACUAUGCUGACGCCGCAGAAGGCUUCCGCCUUCAAAUUGGGAGGAAAAGAUGAGUCCUGGUUUGGUGGAUGUGGCUUCUACCUGGUGAGCUAUGCGAUCCGCACCUUGGUCUUCUUCACCAUCAACGCCGUGGUUCUGACAAACGGACCAAAGAAGUCGACUGAACAGGCAACGAAAGAGAUGUGCACGCGCUCAGACAUUGACUGCGAGAGAUUGCCCAAAUGGCUGCAACAGGAAUGUGCAGUGGAUCCAGAGGUGUAUUUCUCUUGCUUUCAGAAGGUUGGAUGGUAUCUAAGUGCCAGCUGCAAUACCAGGGCGGCACAGUGCAGCUUGCAGGCUGACAAGAGCUUUGAAGUCAUCCUAGAAGAGAUCUUAUGCUUUGUCUUCAUGUUCGUCCUUCCCUUCGCGGCUUUCCUGUUGGCCGGUGUUGGGUGGCUCUGCUGGAUACCACAGAAACUCUGCUGUGACGCGGACGACACAUUCGCAGAACGUGUCCUGAAAGAUGAAGAGUUGCAGUUGUCAGAGACGGCCUCAGCCCCUCCAUCUGCGAUGCAGAGAGCCUCGGUCACAAUGGAAGUGGCCUUCUCUUUCAUAGACGUCUUGUCUGAUUUGAAUUGCAUCGUCGCCUAUGUCUUGACGGGCAACCUGAUGUUCGCUGCUUGUGCACUGAUGAUUUUCCUAGGGUCCUUCCUGCAAGAAAUUUAUGGUGCUGGUGUUGGGGAUCUUCUGGAAGCUUGCAGGGAUUCCAUGGCCACUGGCCAACUCUCUGACAGAUAUUACUACAUCACUUUGCCCGAAAAGGUGUUUGAAGCGCCACUUUCACUCUUCUUGCAGGUCUACACCUUUAUCUUCGUCAUGGAUUCACCCUACGCAGGACUCUCCUUCAUUGGCUCGAUGCUCCUGAGCCUUCGCUCGAUCACAAGGAUGGAAUACGAAUUGCUGCAUUUGGACUUGAUGGAGAUCGUCUUGGACACCGGUGCAGGCACGCCUGCCGAUGCCACAGCCGAUGCCAUAGGUGACCUGGGCGCUGAGCCAUAGGUGACCAAAGGAGGCCAAAGGAGUCACCGGAAACCAACUUUGAUCUUUGAUGUGAAGGACUCCACCCA